CAGCGUGAUGGGCCGCCUGUCCUUCUUCGGGGGUGGCUACUGCCUCUCCAAAUUCGGCGUGGAGGCCUUUUCCGACAGCCUCAGGCGGGAGAUGCGUCCCUUCGGGGUGCACGUCUCCAUCAUCGAACCGGGAGGUUUCCGAACGGGCAUGAUCGACCCCGCGCCGCUGGUGAAGGAYUUCGAGCACCUCUGGGAGCGGCUCCCGGCAGAAACCCAGGCAGCCUACGGCCACCGCUACGUGGACAGAUAUGCCGAGUGCUGCACCCUCCUGCACCGCCUGAGCAGCUCCCGCCUGUCGCAUGUCACCGAUGCCAUGACACACGCGCUGCUCUCCCGCUGCCCCCGCAGCCGCUACGCCGCCGGUUGGGAUGCUCGGCUCAUUUUCCUGCCCCUCAGCUACUGCCCGGCCUGGCUGACCGACAUCAUCGUCGGCUUCUUCCUGCCCAUCCCGGCCAGCGGGAUGCCCUGAGGGUGGCCACCAGCGUGGGGACACGGACAGGGCGCCCGUGGGUGACCCGCACCCCCCGAGAACGUGCUCAAUUAAAGGUGGUGCAAUGU